GGGUGUGGUCCGAGCCCAGGCACCUGAGUGUGGGUGUGUCGGUGGUGGAGCUGUUCUGGGGUCCGCCCCUGAGACCCCACGGAGAGGUGUCCCUGUACCGGCUGCUGAGGGACGGGCGGCUCGUGUUCAGCGGGGAGCCCAACGCCUCCAGCUUCACCGACACUGGCCUGCUGCCGGACCACCGGUACGUCUAUGAGCUUGAGGCCAUCACAGGGGGCGGCGCCAGUGUGAGUGACAGAUACGUGGUCCAAACACCUGCUUCCUGUCCUUCCGGGAUCCCGCCUCCCCACAACGUCACGGUGACCGGCCCUCGGUCCCUCUCCCUGGCCUGGGGACCCCCAGCCGGGUUCGACAGCAGUCAGGUGCUCCUCUACAACAUCCUGUUCAACCCAGGAAGUGACGCGGCUCUGACGCGCCCGGCGGGCCAGGCGUCCCGACUCAGCGUCACGGGACUCGAACCCUCCACCUCCUACCACGUCAGGGUGCAGGCCUGCCAGAGCGCGGGCUGCGGGGCCGGGCCGGGCGUGGUCGCCCAGACGCUGGAGGCCCCCCCCGGGACCCUGCCCCCCCCCCAGGUCACAGCAGUCGGGCCCCAGGAGCUGGAGGUCCGCUGGUCGGCCCCCCGGCAUCCAAACGGCCUCAUCACCUCCUACCUCGUACACAGGCGACCAAUAGAAACAGAGGAGGAGCUCCUGGUCUUCAUCUGGACCAAUGGGCCGCUGGAGUUCAUCGACGCCAGCCACGCCCUCCAGCCCUUCAGCCAAUACCAGUACAGAGUCCAGGCCCGCAACUCCAAGGGUUCUGCUGAGAGCCAAUGGGCUUCGGCCCGCACUCUGGAGGCGGAACCAAGGGAAAUGGCCCCGCCCACUGUAGUGCCCACUGGGGCGUACUCGGCCCGUCUGACGUGGACUGGUCCUCGCCAGCCCAACGGACUGGUGUCCCAGUACAGAGUGGUUUACAGGAAACACCAGCUGGACCCAACGCUCAACGCUUCCUCUGUCAUCGCUCUGACUGUGGAGGGUAAUGAUGGGCUGGGUGUUAUUGUGGCUCUGCAGCUGAAGAGGCCGCGUCUCCUGCUCUAG